AUGAAAGGUACUGUGACAUGUACUCUGUGGCUGACAAAAGACAAGUCAAAGAUUAUCGCCGUCGUUGAAUUCACCCCUAUCGACAAAUUAAAUCCUGAUGAAUUCGCCGACAUCAACUACAUCACACAAUUCCUCCAUUCGGCCAAAAAAAUUGUCAAUGCAGUUGGAUCAGAAUCACGGUCAUGGGGAGGCAAGAUGUUUGCAAUAGGUUGGAGGAAGGCUAUGGUUGGAUUUCAACUGAUUGGUCUUUAUCGUGACAAAGCUGCAAUCGACCGUUCACCGGAAGCUUAUGAUUCACUUAUGAGGAAGUCCGGGAGGGCUUCAAACAUCCUCGGUCGCUUCUUUCGCCGUCUUGCAAAUUUUGCUUUUGCCAACAAUCAACAAUCUAUGAAUGAAAAUUCUAUCCCAUCAAUUGGACAACCCGGCUUUGGAAUUCCACUGGGAGAGGACGAUUGCGCACCCAACUUGACCUUUACAACAGAUGGUUUCUUCAAUCAACCUCACUUUGACACCGAAGACUUGUCCGAGUUUGCCUUUGGCUUAUUUACUCCAGUAAAUAAGACUGAUUGGUCCCUGCCAAAUACAAAUAACCUAUCUCCAUCUAGGGGACGCGCCUUUGUUUUCCCAGAUUAUCGAUGUGGUAUUGAUUUAUCGAAGAACAAUGCAGUUGUUAAGGUUGUCUGGCGAGCAAAAGAAGUUCGACAUUGCACGUUAUUUUCAGCAGACGAUUCGGUUUACAAUCAACUCAGAAUGUCUCUCCAGAUCAACAAAAAGACAGCAAACACUUCACACGAUAUAAAGUCGGGCGCUAUCUUCAACAGACCAGCAUAUAAAGAUGAACCAAAAGAAGAACUAUAUAUUGGUAAUGUUGACCAUUAUGUCCGAGGCUUGCUUUAA